UACUAUUUCGAAGGUCUUGAAAUAAGGAUUUCAAAUAUAAAAUUUUCACAGCAUGAAAACAAAGCAUGUAAAACUAGCAUGCAGUCAAAGUUACGAAAAUCAGAUAUAAAUCUCAAUUUUUCUCAAAAUUCGACUGUCCGAUUUUUGCAAAACAUUGUAGAUAUGAUCCAAAUAAUAUAGACUACAUAUAUAAAAUUCAGGACGAUCAGAGAUGGUUCGAAAAACAUCAAUUUUAUGCACAAAUCAUAUCUAUACAUAUAUUCAUGCACAAAUAACACAAAAACACCUAAUAUUGGCUCUAAUACCAAUGUAAGAAUAUUUAUACAUAGAGGAUUAGCAGAUUAGUGGAUUCAAUCCAUACCUUUUACUCUCAAACCGAAUCCAUGGAUCAUAUGAGUAAAUCACGUGCCUCCAUUGAUGUCUUCGGGCAAUUCCCAACAAUGGAAUAUAACAAUUAGAGAACUAGCUAUACUAUUUACAAUACAAAGGUUAUCUUGUAUUGCUAUAGAGAGAAAGAAUAGAGAGUAUAGGAGAGAGAGAUAAAGAUACUGAUUACCUAUACGGUUAAAAUUUUACUCUCCCAAAAAUAAUAUGUAUAUUAUAUAGGAGAGUUAUGAUCACCACAACUCUAUCUCUUCAAGAGAUGAGAUAGUGAGUUAAUCACACUUAUUCCUAGGAUAAGUUAAUCCAAGUCCACUUUGACUAGGUCUCCUUAUGGGUCUUGGGUCAUACCACUAUAGAUGAACCGAUCGGGUAUGGAUUGUAAACCCUAAUUUCCAACACACAUUAAUUUACAUUUUACUAUGAUCACUAAAAAUCACUUACAACUUUAACUAGGUACCGGUUUCAGCAAGUUAUCCUGACCACCUCUCUCUAUCCGCUUGGCUGUGUUUCAUGGCCACAUUGCAAUCAGCAGCAAUUGCAUUUUUCCUAGAGCCAAACCCAGAAGCUUGGAAAUUACAUUCGUAUCUUGAACUCAGUUGUUGUUUAUAUGCGGGAAUAGUGGGAUCGACAAUUUCAUUCUUUGUUCAAGCAUGGUGCAUUUUGCGUAGAGGUCCACUGUUCUCUGCAAUGUUCAAUCCUUUGUGCACUGUUAUAGUGACCAUUUUUGCUACUAUAUUCUUACAUGAAGAGCUCUAUGUUGGAAGCUUAAUGGGUGGUGUUGGUGUGAUUCUUGGAUUAUAUGUUGUGCUAUGGGGUAAAGCCAAAGAUCUUCAAGAGUCAAAAGUUGACAGAGAUCCAAAGUUGGAAAAUGAUCAAACAAAAAUAGUGCAAACCUUGGUAGAUGAAUCUGAAGAGAGGAUGAGUAGUAUCAAAAUUGAUUUGGAGGAACCUCUUCUAUCUGACAAAUCAACAAAAGCUGAUGAUAGUUAGAACUUAGGAGAAUACUUCUCAAAUUUCUAUAUUCGACUUUCUUGUUAGUAGACUCCAACAAUAACAAUAGGAUUAUUUUUUUCCUG